CUGCUCUCCCCUUUGCUCACAGGGCAGCUUUGUCCGACAGCCACAGAGGCCUGAGCCAGACUGAGGGGCCCUCAUGAGGGGCCCUUCCAGCAGUCAUUCCAUGUGGGAUUGUUCAUCUGUGCCUUCGCAAGGCUGACCAGAAGCUGGUGAUCAUCAAGCAGAUCCCAGUGGAGCAGAUGACCAAGGAAGAGAGGCAGGCAGCCCAGAAUGAGUGCCAGGUCCUCAAGCUGCUCAACCACCCCAAUGUCAUUGAGUACUACGAGAACUUCCUGGAGGACAAGGCUCUCAUGAUCGCCAUGGAAUAUGCACCAGGUGGCACCCUGGCUGAGUUCAUCCAGAAGCGCUGUAAUUCCCUCCUGGAGGAGGAGACCAUCCUGCACUUCUUUGUGCAGAUCCUGCUGGCGCUGCAUCAUGUGCACACCCACCUCAUCCUGCACCGGGACCUCAAGACCCAAAACAUCCUUCUAGACAAACACCGCAUGGUCGUCAAGAUUGGUGACUUCGGCAUCUCCAAGAUCCUUAGCAGCAAGAGCAAGGCCUACACGGUGGUGGGUACUCCAUGCUACAUUUCCCCUGAACUGUGUGAGGGCAAGCCCUACAACCAGAAGAGUGACAUCUGGGCCCUGGGCUGUGUCCUAUAUGAGCUGGCCAGCCUCAAGAGGGCCUUUGAGGCUGCGAACCUGCCAGCGCUGGUGCUGAAGAUCAUGAGCGGCACCUUUGCGCCCAUCUCUGACCGGUACAGCCCUGAGCUGCGCCAGCUGGUUCUGAGUCUGCUCAGCCUGGAGCCUGCACAGCGGCCACCGCUCAGCCACAUCAUGGCGCAGCCCCUCUGCAUCCGGGCGCUCCUCAACCUCCACACCGACCUGGGCAGCGUCCGCAUGCGGAGGGCAGAGAAGCCCCUGGCCACCGGGCCACCCAUGGCUCCGGGCAGCACAGGGGGCAGGACCACCAGUGGCCGUUGCAGAGGUGUCCCCCGAGGACCUGCCCGGCCGGCCAUUCCGCCGCCGCUGUCAUCGGUGUACGCGUGGGGUGGCGGGCUCAGUGUGCCGCUGCGGCUGCCAAUGCUCAACACAGAGGUGGUCCAGGUGGCAGCGGGGCGCACGCAGAAGGCUGGCGUCACGCGCUCCGGGCGCCUCAUACUUUGGGAGGCCCCGCCCCUAGGCGCUGGAGGGGGCGCCCUCCUCCCUGGGGCGGUGGAGCAGCAGCAGCCCCAGUUCGUCUCCCGUUUCCUGGAGGGCCAGUCGGGUGUGACUAUCAAGCACGUGGCCUGUGGGGACCUCUUCACGGCCUGCCUGACUGACCGAGGCAUCAUCAUGACCUUUGGCAGUGGCAGCAAUGGGUGCCUAGGCCAUGGCAGCCUCAAUGAUAUCAGCCAGCCCACCAUUGUGGAGGCCCUGCUGGGCUAUGAGAUGGUGCAGGUGGCCUGUGGGGCGUCUCAUGUGCUGGCCUUGUCCACUGAGCGAGAACUAUUUGCCUGGGGCCGCGGAGAUGGUGGCCGGCUGGGACUGGGCACCAGGGAGUCCCACAGCUGCCCCCAGCAGGUACCCAUGCCCCCAGGACAGGAAGCCCAGCGGGUUGUAUGUGGCAUUGACUCCUCCAUGAUCCUCACUGUGCCCGGCCAAGCCCUGGCGUGUGGGAGCAACAGGUUCAACAAGCUGGGCCUGGACCAUCUCUCCCUAGGGGAGGAGCCUGCCCCACACCAGCAGGUGGAGGAGGCCCUGAGCUUCACACCACUAGGUUCUGCACCCCUGGACCGGGAGCCCCUGCUGAGCGUGGACCUGGGCACUGCUCAUUCAGCUGCUGUAACUGCCUCUGGUGACUGCUACACAUUUGGCAGCAAUCAGCAUGGGCAGUUGGGUACCAUCGCUCGCCGGGUCAGCCGGGUACCUUGUCAAGUCCAAGGCCUCCAGGGAAUCAAGAUAGCAAUGGUGGCCUGUGGAGAUGCCUUCACUGUGGCCAUUGGGGCAGAAAGUGAAGUGUACUCUUGGGGCAAAGGGGCCCGAGGUCGACUGGGAAGGAGGGAUGAGGAUGCUGGACUCCCUAGGCCAGUGCAGCUGGAUGAGACACACCCCUACACAGUGACUUCUGUGUCCUGUUGCCAUGGAAACACUCUCCUGGCUAUCCGCCCAGUCACAGAUGAGCCAGUCCCCCCUUGAGGCACCUGGAUACACCUCUGGACGACCCUGAUAUUGCUUCUCCUGUAAAUGUUCUUGAAAAGUGCAGGUGCCUCAGGCAUGACCAGCCCCCUGGAUUGUAUCAUCAAUGGGGUAUAAGAACCAGUAAAGCCCCUGCUCUGCCUUUGGCCCUGGAUAUGUAAAACUCAACCCACCCUAUUCCCCCAACAUCCCUCUUUCCCCUCCCCACCCCUUCUUAUCUUUAGUCAAUGUCCCCAGGGUUCAGCCUGGCUAGAGUUGGAGGCCAGAUGUAACUUUUGGAAGCAGGGAGGUCUCCAGAGCCUCUGCAGAAAAAGGCUGGAGGUAGCUGUGGCUCCACCUAGACGCUGCCCCUUCCCCCAGCCCAGUUAGAAAAUAAGUCGCUGGUGUCUACUGGGAGAGCAGCUCAGUGCUUUGGAGUAAGGCAAGCUGGGGCCUGCCUGUUCUGGCCAUUCCAGAGGCCUAGCCCCUGCAUUGCCUGGGGCAGGGAGGUCCCGGGACUGCUACCACCCGCCCCCACGCCUAUAUCCUGAGGCAGGGGUUUACACAAUCUCUGAGUGCCUCCCUUCCCCUGGGGGAGUGCAUGGGCUGCAGUAUACUGCAGAGCACAUCCCUGCUGAAGGUUGCCCCUCACCCCAUGCCAUUCCCCCAAAGCACGUUGGGAGAAAGGGUAGCUGGCUGGACCAGACUAGUUUCCCAGAUGACUGGGAAGUAGCGCGAAUAAAAAAUCA